AGAGCGGCCCCCGGGACAGAGCGACGCGGAACCCCGGGCGCCCGGGUCCCCAGCAUGAUCCUCGGUAGCCUGAGCCGGGCAGGGCCCCUCCCUCUGCUCCGGCAGCCCCCCAUCAUGCAGCCCCCGCUGGACCUCAAGCAGAUCCUACCGUUCCCGUUGGAGCCCGCCCCUGCCUUGGGCCUGUUCAGCAACUACAGCACCAUGGACCCUGUGCAGAAGGCUGUGCUGUCCCACACUUUUGGGGGACCCUUGCUCAAGACCAAGCGGCCCGUCAUUUCCUGCAACGUCUGUCAAAUUCGCUUCAACUCCCAGAGCCAGGCUGAGGCGCACUACAAGGGCAAUCGCCACGCCCGGCGAGUCAAAGGCAUCGAGGCGGCCAAGACCAGAGGGAGGGAGCCCAGUGCCCGGGAACCUGGAGACCCGGCCCCACCAGGCAGCAGCCCUCCCAAUGGGGACGGCACAGCAGCCCCCCGUCCAGUUUCCAUGGAGAAUGGACUGGGUCCAGCCCCAGGAUCCCCAGAGAAGCAGCCCGGUUCCCCAUCCCCUCCUAGCGUCCCGGAGAGCAGCCGGGGUAUAGCCAAGGGUGAAGGGGGCACUCCGGCUGCAGCUUCGGUGCCCGGGGGUAGCAAAGAGGAGGAGGAGAAAGCCAAGCGGCUGCUCUACUGCGCUCUGUGCAAGGUGGCCGUCAACUCCCUGUCUCAGCUUGAGGCGCAUAACAAAGGUACUAAACACAAGACCAUUCUGGAGGCCCGGAGCGGGCUGGGGCCCAUCAAGGCUUACCCACGCCUGGGGCCUCCCACCCCCGGGGAGCCGGAAGCCCCCACCCAGGACAGAACCUUCCACUGUGAGAUCUGCAAUGUCAAGGUCAAUUCCGAGGUCCAACUGAAGCAGCACAUCUCCAGCCGGCGGCACCGAGACGGCGUGGCCGGGAAGCCCAACCCACUCCUGAGCCGGCACAAGAAGCCUCGAGGCGCCGCGGAGCUGGCGGGUACGCUGACUUUCUCCAAGGAGCUGCCCAAGUCCCUGGCCGGCGGCCUGCUGCCCAGCCCCCUGGCGGUGGCCGCCGUCAUGGCCGCGGCCGCGGGCUCCCCGCUGUCCUUGCGCCCCGCUCCCGCCGCUCCUCUUCUGCAGGGACCGCCCAUCACCCACCCGCUGCUGCACCCGGCCCCCGGCCCCAUCCGGACCGCGCACGGCCCCAUCCUCUUCUCCCCGUACUGACCUCAACCCCAGACCCCUUCCACUCACCCCCCCACCUCCAGCCGGGACCCAGGCCUCCCCCCGGCACUCCCUGAACGGUCUCUCCUUCCCCCCUCCCACACCCCGAGGUACGGGGUUCCAGGAAAGGGGAGGGGUAGCGGGGGAGGGGGGCUUCAGAAGGGGGGGAACACCCCAGAUCUCAGGGAACCCCGCCCCCUGCCCUUUCCUCUCCCCUAGAACAGGAGGGGGCCGUCUCAUCCCCUCGAGUCCCCUUGGAGACACCCCCUCUCCCAAAAGCCAUGUCCAUCCAGCCCUUCCCCCCCAAACCUUAGCACAAAACGGGGUUCACAAGCCAUGGUCAGGGUCCAGGGGGCAGAAGUGGAUUUUCUUGGCAAUAAGCGGACUCUGGGACUCCGGCCUCCUACCCCAAACUGAAGCGCUUCCGUGAACACCCCCGUCCUCCGCAGGGGGAGGGGGCAGGCGGACCCCGGGUCCCUCAGAAGAAGCACUUUGCUUUUACCGCCUGCGACCUCACUGUGCGCGCCCCGCACCACGCCCCAGCCCCAGGUCCGGCGGGACCCGACGCCGGGGGCAGCACUUGGGGGGGCAUCUCCGGCACUCGGGUGGGACCAAGGAGAUGCCCCCCACGGACCCUUCCCCGCCCCCCGCGCCCUUUCCUCCCCAGUCUGGGUUCCAUUCUUUUCACCAGCACCCAUCGCCCGAGGGGUUACCGAGGGGGGGCAGGGGGUGUCCAGUCCAAGCCCACCCCCGCCCCCCUCCGCCUCGCCUUCCGCAAAACUGUGAGCAAAAAGCAAUAGAAGCCUCGCCCCCGCCCCGCCCCGGACCGCAAGAUUCGCACCCCCACCCACCCCGUCCUGGUCCUUAGACCUCGUGGCCGGCCCUGCUCCCACACACCUCCACUGCACAAGUCGGGCGGGGGCGUGACAGCCCACCCCCCACCCUCCGUGGUUCCGUCUCGUCCGCCCAGCCGGUAGCGGGGCUUGGCCACCGGGCCGACCCCCUCCCCAUCAACUCUUUCUGCUUGACAAUGUAGCAACCCCGGCCCCUCAGCCUCCAGCCCUUUGCCUCUCGCCCACAAUAAAGUCUGGAUUCGUUCUGUC